GGGAAGCGUGGAUGGCGACGUCACGACGUAAACAAACGGCGGCCACGGGCGGAAGAGGGCUGAGUGACAGGAGCCGGCCGGGAGGCACGAUGACCAAGUACUGCCGAGCGCCCAACUGCUCCAACUCGGCGGGGCAGCCCCGGCCGGACAACCAGCGCCUCAGUUUUUACAAGUUUCCUCUGCACAAUCCUGAGCGGCUCAGGCAAUGGCUGUCGCAGAUGAACCAGGAGAAGUGGCUCCCGACUAAACACCAGCACUUGUGCAGCGAGCACUUUUAAGUGUGUCCUGUUUCUGGUGCACCGGUGGAAGCUGCAGCGUUACUUGGAAGCCAGAUGCCGCUCUCCACCAUUUUCGGGCAGACCUUGAUAAGCCCAUCAAAGAGGGAAAACGCGGCCCGGCCUCCCUCGGAAGUGCCGGCCAAGAAGCUGAUCCUUGAACAUCACGUUGAGGGGAGUGUGCCGGCGGUGCAAACCACGAGUCUCCGAGAGCCAGGGACCCUGGAAACUCUCACCAUUGCCCUAGAUCCUGGCGUGGCUGCAGCCCCCAUCUAUAUGUGGAGAAACGCGAGCUCCUCUGCCUCCCACUCCAGAACCUCCUCGCGCCUUCCUCCAGCCCCCCCUGGUCAGGGGCUGUCAGCCCUGUUGCCGCUAGGUCCAGAUUUCAUUGUGGGAACCCUCAUAGUCGCGGAUGGCAGCUGGACAGUGGCUGAACCCCCUGUGGAGGCCGCUCCCGGUCAGCCUUUUCCAGAUGUGAUGGAGCAGCAGCUGGUAGACUUGGUGGCCUCUCUCCCCCCGCCAGCCGUGGAAGCCGUGCCGAGCUCUUCUCUGGGGGUCUCGGAGCAGCUUUGCGCGGAAGUCGACAUGCCAUGCGACGUGGUUGCGGUGGCAACGGAAGAGCCAUUGGUGGCAGAGCAGGCUGCAGAGACGGAGCAGGGCGCUCUGGUCAUUGAGAACGUCUCCAUCGGAAGUCGCUUCUUGGACACGGCUUCGCAUUCUCAAAUCGCCACGCGAUCCUCUAAGCUCCUGCAGGUGUCGUCCACGGAGAUGGUGGCUUACUUCGAGACCAUCCCAACCGCCUCGCGGGUCAGCUUCUCUUUGGCAUCAUCUAGCGGCGUGGACUUCCCGAGACAAGGUGCUGUCUUCUUGCGCUUCGAGCUCUCCCAUGUAAUUAUCGUCUCCACUCUCCCUAUCUCAUCUUCCAACCACAAGCCUCCUAGAGGAGCCUGUGGUCGCAGGGAGCCAAAGCCGGAGGAGCUGGUAGCCCGCCGAAGUCUUUUGGAAGAGCAGCUGGAGGAGCAUCGCCACCACAGGGACGCCUCUACCCAAUCGCGAGAGCUGGUGGAAGUGGUCAUAGGCCUCCAGAAGAAGGUGAAGGUCCUGCAGCAACGUCAGAGGCGGCACUGUGCCAAGCUGGAAGCCAUGGAAGGGGUGGUGGAGCAGCUGAGGAAGGAAAACCUGGUGUCCGAGGAGAAGCUGAAGCUCCUGGAGAUGGCCUGUUUGCAGACCAGCACUGUUAUGCCAGAGAACGGCGGCACGGUAGCCAUUAUCUGCCAGGACAGCGACCAAGCCCUGGUCUACGCUGUACCCCAGCUUACGGGAGGAGAAAAUGAGGCUGUCAUCCACAUGAAACAGCAGUAACUUUGACGUUGGGGGCAGGGGGGGGAGGUGGGGAACCACCCAUUUGCCACCUCUUUGGCCAACGGAACUUACUUGGAAAAUCCCAGGAGGCCACCCCCUCCUGCCACGAGAGCAGCGGCAGCGGCAGCCGUGGUACCAGUGGGCUUUUCCCAACUUUGGCUGAAUGUUUGGUGGCCUUAUUGCUUUGGCACCUUAUUUUCCAGGAAAGGGAGAAAGGGCUUCUGGGUUGCUUUGCGUUUCUGUUUCGUCUGAAAUGAUUGUAUAUAAAAUUGUCUCGGUAAGGUAACGAAAAAUGACCAGUUCCCCUUUGCCGUGCCUGAGCUAGAGGGGAAUACGGUUGGCAGGUUAAUUGUUUGUAAUUCCUGUUGGGUGAUUGGGAGUUUUUACGGUACUUUUUGCUUGUGAGCCAUAGUUGGGGAAAGCGGCAACUUCCUGUCUCACGGUGGCCAUGAUUUUUGCACUUUGCUGUUUUGGCUUCCUAGAGACAGGCCUCAGGUCUUCGGAGCCGCCGGUUGCUUGUGCAUUACUGCUUGGCUCCUCUUCUUGCUCUCAUCUCCUCCGGCACCUUCUGCCGCGGUGGUCUUCAAGUGCUGCCUCGUAAGAUGGUAUUGGGGAUAGGCGAGAGGUCAGUUUCUCUGCCACAAAUCAUGUGCAGCUGAGCAAGCUUGGGGACCGUAAGGGAAAGGUUGCAACUGAGGUUCUCUCCCCUGGAACGUGUAAACAGUGAACUUGAAAGGAGUGGGGCAUCAUACAUCGGGGGGGGGGGAUAUUUCUGUGGCCUCUUUCUCUCCAAAACAUAUGAAAAUUGUUCGCAAGGAGCUGCGAGGAACUGCUGUUUCUAAGCACUACCUGUUUGUAUAAAAGUUGCUAUCGAAUCUCUUACAACAGCUGUGUGUCGACUA